AGUUGUAAUGAAACACAAUCCGGAUCAGUCUAAAGUACACAGUAUUUAUAGUCUAAACAGGCUAACUACCAAGCUGGAUACGAAGAAAUCAGUUAUCUGCUUAUCAACCGUUAAAUAAGUCAAAUUGUAUCUGCAAUAAGCAGUAGAGAAAGACAGAAUGAAGGGUCGGCCUAAGUCUUACACAAAAGCGGUCAUUAACCACUCAGACAAGACAGACGUUUUAUCACUUUGUUGCAACUGGCUGAACAGUUUUUGAUACUCGCAUUAUUUUGGGUGAGUUUUGGACUACAGUUAUCAUGGGAGUGCACGGACUCUGGAGGCUGCUGGAGAGUACAGGGAAACCCAUCAACCCCGAGACUCUGGAAGGAAAGAUCCUUGCUGUUGACAUCAGUAUAUGGCUGAACCAGGCAGUGAAGGGAGUGAGGGACCGUGAAGGCAACAGUGUCCAGAACGCCCACCUGCUCACUCUCUUCCACCGCAUCUGUAAGCUGCUCUUCUUCCGCAUCAGGCCAGUCUUUGUGUUUGAUGGGGACGCACCACUGCUGAAGAAACAGACUCUGGCUCUCAGGAGGCAGAGGAAAGAGGAGUUGAGCCGGGAGUCCAAACAGACCAAUGAGAAACUCCUAAAGACAUUCCUGAAGAGACAAGCUAUCAAAGCUGCACUUGGAGACCGCAGUAAGGAUCCUCUACCCAGCCUCUCCAGUGUGAGGAGAGAUGAGAUGGACGACAUGUAUGUUCUACCAGCCCUGCCAGCUGCAGAGGAGCAGGACAAAAGCAGUUCAGAAGAGGAGGAAGAUAAAGAGGAGGAGGAGACGACUGACAGUUUUCACAUGUAUCAGGGAGAGUUGUAUGGAGACCCCAACUCAGUGGACAUCAACUCAGAGGAGUUUGCCAGCCUGCCUCCUGAAAUGAAACAUGAGAUACUCAAAGACAUGAAAGAGUUUUCCAAAAGACGCCGGACCAUGUACCACAAACCUCCAGAGCAUUCAGGAGACUUUUCCCAGUACCAGUUGGCCGGCCUGCUGCAGAGGAACCAGCUGAACCAGCAUCUGGAGGGUGUGGAGAAAGAGAUGAGCCAGCGGAGCGCCGGCAACGCUCCACAGCUCUACCAACAAGACGGGGACCAGCAGAGUCACAGCGUGGAGUCACACCGACUGGUGUCAGAAGACCAUUCCCACUAUAUCCUUAUUAAAGGCUCCAAAAAGAGUGAGACUGCCCCCGAGAGCCAACCUGCAGCUGCACCCUGGUCUGGGAGCUCCCUGUCAGGCUGCAAAAGACAGGCAGCGGGCAGACCAGAGCCCCUGUGGCGCCCUGCUUGUGAGGAAGAGGAUAAAGCGCGGGGUCCCUCCUCAAAAGACUCCAAACCCUCUGUCUCAAAGCCGUCUCAGGGAGACACAUCACCGCCCUCACCUCGUACACUCAAGGCAAUCCAGGCUGCAAUGAACGACAGCUCAGAUGAGGAGAAGGUGGACCGGGAUAAGAAGGAUGGUAGUUUGUCCCCUCGCACCCUGUUGGCAAUCCAACAAGCCCUCACUGAGGAGGGAGAAGGUGCUUCCGAACAUAGGAUUCUAAUCAGCAGCUCACCCACCAAACUGCAGGCAAAUAUUCAACAUCCUGUGCCACAAGUGAUCAUCAGCAGCUCAGAGGAAGAGACAGAACCUGACGACAUGAACUCUUUACCUAAUGAAAAAUCUGAAUUUAAGGGGAACCCAACAGGCCAAAGUUUACACGUGAAAGAUUUCAGUUUGUUUGUUAGUUCUGAAGAUGAGAUGGAGGAAGUGAUUGGUCAGAGAAAUAAAGCACUUCGCUUUGCGGCAGUGCAACAAACUCACAAGAGAGAGAGGAAGUCAGAAGAGGAGACAAAGAACGGACAGUUGGCAGAGAAUAUAAACACAGGAAGUAGAGGACAGACAGAGAAAGAAGAAGAAGAGCUGGAGAGAAGAGAAUCAGAGCACGGACUGAUCACAAAGAACAGUAAUCUGGUUCAACCACAAGGUGCUGCUCCUUCCAACCGAAACACAUUAUCUAUCAAUGCCUCUGCUCAGAUAUAUGGAAAACCUCUCCGUGCACAGACUGAAAUUCAUCCUGAUGAUGUGAAGUCAGAGGGCAGUGAGGAGAGCGAGUCAGAAGAGAGCUUCAUUGAGGUGUCAGAAGAUGAAUUUAAAGAUGAGGAUGCAGAUGAUUCACUUGUAUUGAAUAAAGAGAAAGGAUCUUCCGAUGAGGGCCGUAAAGAUGGGACCAAGAAGGAAGAAAAACCAGAGGAAAGUUUGACAGAGGCUCCCAGUGAACAAGCUGCUGCUUUGAAAUUACAGGAAGAAGAGGACAAAAAGAGACAUAAUGAAGAGAAAGAGCUGAAGGAGGGAACAGAGAAAGAAUCCUGCUCAAAUCCAGCGAUCAAUGAAUGGGAACACUUUGAUGUGGAUGAGCUGGAGGCUCUGGAGAGCUCUCUGCAGGUGGAGCAGAGCAGCCUGAGGGAGCUGAAACAGCAGCAGGAGAGGAUGGCGAACACAGUCACUGGACAGAUGUACCUGGAGAGCCAGGAGCUGCUGCGGCUGUUUGGUGUGCCGUUCCUGGUGGCGCCGAUGGAGGCUGAGGCUCAGUGUGCAGCACUCGACCGCACUGACCACACACACGGCACCAUCACAGACGACUCAGAUGUGUGGCUGUUUGGAGGGCGACAUGUCUACAAGAACUUCUUCAGCCAGAACAAAUAUGUUGAAUAUUACCAGUACAGUGACCUGCAGAACCAACUGGGUCUGGACAGGACUAAACUGAUAAACCUGGCUUACCUGCUCGGAAGUGACUACACAGAGGGCGUGCCAGGGGUCGGAUAUGUGACUGGCAUGGAGAUACUGAAUGAGUUCCCAGGGCCAGGCAUGGAGCCACUAACACAGUUCAGUAAAUGGUGGUCAGAGGCUCAGGAGAAAAAGCGUCUGGUGUCUGAUCCUCGGGACACGAAGGUUAAGAAGAAAUUGAGGGACCUAAAGCUGCACCCUGGGUUCCCCAACCCUGUGGUGGCUCAGGCUUACCUGCAACCUGCUGUGGAUGAGUCAGACUGCUUCUUCAGCUGGGGACGCCCACAACUCGACAUGAUCAAAGAAUUCUGUCUGAGUCGUUUUGGCUGGAGCAGUCGGAAGACAGAGGAGACCCUUCAACCUGUGAUCAAGCAGCUCAACACCCAGCAGACUCAGCUGCGGAUCGACUCAUUCUUCCGCAUGGAGCAACAGGAAAAGCAGGCGAUCCGCAGCCAGCGACUCCGCCGAGCAGUCACCUGCAUGAAGAGAAAGGAGAGAGAAGGAGGAGAGGAGGAAGAGGAGGACAGUGAGAAGGAAAUGCCAUCCCCAUCCAAAUCUAAGAAAGGGAAGGCAGCCAGAAAGAGUCUGAAGAAAGGAGGAGAGAGAGAAGAGGAGAGGUCUGUGGCAGGAGGAGGCUUUCUGGGGUCGGAGGUAAUUGUUGAACCUCCUCUUACAUCUCUGAAGGAUGUGAGGAGCAGCACUAGCCAGGAGUCCCUCUCAUUAAAGGCCGUCCCUCAGUCUACUAAGACUCUACCUCAGAGGGCCAGGAGGAGGAGCAGCAGCAGCAGCUCUGGUGAGGACAGCGAUGCUGGCGGUGAAGUUGCUAUGGUUACAGCCCAAUCUGUGUUUGAAGGCAGCCGACGAGGCCGCGGAGCGAAAAGCACAAGAGGGAGAGGAAGCAUGAGAGGAAAGGGAAGGGGGACAUUGAGAGGGAAAAACUGAACUUCAAACAUAACCUAAACAUGAAUUGUCAAAACAAUUGUAAUAUGAAGCAUGAAACAUCUCCCAAAUAACGUCUGUGUUAUUAUAUUUAAUAUUUAUAAGGUGAAUGUGUGAAUGAAUCAUGAACUCAUUAACAGUGAUAAAUCAAGCUUUUUCUGUGUUUAUAGAUUAUGUAUUUUGUACAUCUUUGUUUGAUGUGACUGAAAAUAUUUUUACCUGUUUAGAGGUAUAUCUGUGAGAGGAAUGACAUUGUUUUGCAUUAAAUAUUUGAAGUACA